AAGUUGAUAUGUUCAGAUUAAUUUUCCCAUAUACUCAAUGAAAAUACAUAUAAUGCCAUCACUACACUGGAUUUUCGUAUUUUGCUUCCAUCAAUCUAUAUAACUCUCGUUUCCAAAAACAACGCGCCAAUGAAAAACUCUUCAUGAGUCAUAAUCACUUUUGCAAGAUAGGUAAAGGUUACGAGUUAUAUGAGGUUGUUUCCGCUAGAUUUCAGUUAAGAGGAAAACGAUAUGCCGUUAAUUCCGUUACCACAAACACGUCGCAUCCAAUUUAACCUUCCCGCAAAUAACGCCUUCAAAAAUCAACCAAAACCAGAAAAAUCAUAAUCAUUUCACUUUCAUUCAUCAAAUUUCAUUCACCUAGCUAGGAUAUAUAAAAAAUUAGAGAAGAUAAUUGGAAAAUUAGUUCCUCAAAUUCAAUGAGGAAACUGUGUCCAAAUUUCGAUAAAGUUGAUGGAUUAGAAACGGUUUUAGAAGUUCCAAUUCCUGAAGAUAUGUGGACUGGAAUUGGAAGCAGUGGUUCAAAUCGGUGGCAGAAUCUUCGUGCUUUGAUGAAAGCACAAAUUUCUAACGAUAAAUGUUCGCAUCUUUCUGCUACUUCUAAUAAUGAAUUCAUUGCUUUGCUUAAACUUGUUGGUUCUCCCUUGAUUCCUCUUCAGGUUCAAUGUGAUCAUACUUUGACUCGUCCUCUUCAAGAUUCUAAUAUCGAAGCAUCUAGUGCAAAGUAUAUAGUGCAGCAAUACAUAGCUGCAACAGGAGGAGUGGGAGCAUUGGAUUCAUUGAAGAGUAUGUAUGCAGUGGGGCAAGUGAGGAUGUUUGGAUCAGAGAUGCGCGAAGGAGAUGAUAGCAUUCAACCAAUUGGGAGGGCUGAAGUGGGAGGUUUUGUAUUGUGGCAAAAGAAUCCAGAUUUGUGGCACUUUGAAUUGGUUGUCUCUGGUUUCAAGGUUAGUGCAGGGAGUGAUGGGAAGAUGGCAUGGACACAGUCUUCUUCUAAACCCUGUCACGCUAAUAAAGGUCCUCCAAGACCUCUUCGUCGCUUCUUUCAGGGGCUGGAUCCAAGGUGUACAGCCAACUUGUUUUUAGACGCAGUAUGUGUAGGAGAGAAAACCAUUAAUAAAGAAGAUUGUUUUCUGCUCAAGAUAGAGACUGCUCAUGACAUCCUCCAAACACAAAACACACCACACACAGAAAUUAUUAGACACACUGUGUGGGGAUACUUUAGCCAACGCACAGGGUUACUUGUCAAAUUCGAGGAUACCAAGUUGGUCAGAAUGAAACCAACCAAGGGAAAUGAUUCAAUAUUUUGGGAAACAAGCUUUGAAUCAGUGAUUGAGGAUUAUAGAUACGUAGAUGGUAUUAAAAUAGCGCAUGGUGGAAAAACAGUGGCCAUGUUAUAUAGAUAUGGCGUAGCACAUAACCAUAGGCGAAGAAUUGAGGAGACAUGGAGGAUUGAAGAAAUUGAUUUUAACAUUUGUGGCUUGUCAAUGGAUUGUUUUUUGCCUCCCUCUGAUAUCAAGAAGGAACAUGAGGCUGUAGAGCAAAUUGUGUAGUAGGAAAGAGUUUGGAUUUUCCUUACCUUUUUCAAUCUUUUUUGUCAACCGUAAGACAAAUUUUGUACAUAUGGUAUAGAACUAUAGAAGCAAAUCAUAGCUGAAUACGAAAAUAUUUCUCUAGGUCUUUGGUUCGAUGUUUAGCACUUUUUUUUACGAGGCAUUUUAGGACUUUGUUGUCAAAUCGAAAAGAAUGUUAAACUUCAUAAACAAGGCAAAGAUUAUCAAUAUUUUAUCAAAGAAUGUUAGUAU